UGCUCGUACACAAGUGAGACGUCUGUGGAGUCACUGCCGACACCUGGUGACGUCAUCAACGCAGAGGGCGGAGCCAUGGCGCACGGUCAGCAAGAUAUUAGUCACAUGUAUGCCCCGCCCCACCCACACCCCCUCCCCCCUUCCUCUUACUCCUGCAGUGGAGAUAUGUACCUGGAGCAGCCUGCAGGGGGAUACCUGUCUUCCAGCUUCCACCCUGCCCCUCCUCCUGCCCCUCCCCCAUCCUACAGCUCACCUGCCAACAAACCUGUGUCAGUAGAGGGCGCUGCUCUUCUGUCCAUGCUGCCAGACUUUGGAGGUUUUUAUCCACAGAGCUGCCAGAGAGACGUGGAGAGGAAAUCCCUGCCGUUCCCGCUGGAGUCGCUCCGGAUGGCUCCGCCCCUCACUCCGCUCAGCACCAUCAGGAACUUCACACUCAGCGCGCCGUCGCCCUGCUCUGACGGCGCCGUGACCACCGCCUUCCCCGGCCACCAGAACCUCCCGCUCAGACCCAUCCUCAGACCCAGGAAGUAUCCUAACCGACCCAGUAAGACUCCGGUACACCAGCGUCCGUACCCGUGUCCAGCAGAGAGCUGCGACCGCAGGUUCUCACGCUCCGACGAGCUGAGCCGACACCUGCGCAUCCACACGGGACACAAACCUUUCCAGUGUCGCAUCUGCAUGAGGAAGUUCAGCCGCAGCGAUCACCUGACCACACACGUGCGCACGCACACCGGAGAGAAGCCGUUCACCUGCGAUCACUGCGGCAGGAAGUUCGCCCGCAGCGACGAGAGGAGGAGACACAUGAAGGUCCACCUGAGGCACAAGGACAAGAAGAGCACCACGUCCUGAAGGACAACUAGCCCAGAGCUGAAGACCCAGAGACAAACGGAGACAAGCUGAGACAAAUUGGACAAACUGAGACAAAUGGGACAAACUGAUACAAAUGGAGAAAAACUGACACAAACAGAGACAAACAGAGACAAACGGAGACCACUGAGACAAACAGGACAAAUGGAGACAAAUGGAGACAAGCAGAGACAAAUGGGACAAACGAAGACAAACUGACACAAGCAGAGACAAGCGGAGACCACUGAGACAAACAGGACAAAUGGAGACAAACUGAACAAAUGG